AGACGAAAUAGCAAAACUCCUUUUAUCAACGAUACUGAUCCGCAAAUAAACGAUAUGGCAACCAAUAAUAAUGAUCAAAAUGGCGCCGUUAUUAACGGUGAUUCUAAUGAAAUUUCAACUAUUGAUAGCAACCUUGUUUUUGUAAAAGAUUUAGUUCCUAUUGAUGCUAACAGCAAAUCUAUUGAAAAUUCCAAACAAAAUUCAAAUAUUACUCCUAAUUAUAAUAAUACUGAGCAAAAUUCAACUCAUACUAUCAUGAACAAUAAUUUUAAUAAUCUCAAUUCAGCUCCUAUUGCUACCAAUGAUAAUUUCAACGAUACAGAGCUGCAAAGGGAUUGCGUGGCAACCAACAAUAAAUCUGAUCAUGAUCAAAAUAGUCACGCUGUUAACGGUAAUUUUAAUGAAAUUUCAACUAUCGGUAACAAUAGCCCUGUUGUGAAAGAUUUAUAUCCUAAUGUCGUUGAUAGCUCCGAAGAUACACAAGAUUUAAAUUCUACUCUUGACAAUGAUGUAUAUAAUCAAAAUUCAAAAUCUACUAGCGAUAAUAAUAAUACUAAUGUCGAACAAGAUAUUACUAUCAACAAUGUUUCCAAGGAUAACUCCGAAGAUAUACAAGAUAUAAAUUCUACUCUUGACAACGAUGAAUGUAAUCAAAAUUCAAAAUCUAUUAACGAUAACAAUAAUACUAAUGCCGAACAAGAUCCAGUUCCUAUUCCUAUUCCUAUCAGCAAUGAUUCUAAGGAUAGUUCCGAAGAUACUACGCAAGUCAUAAAUUCUACUCUUGAGAAUGAUGAAAAUUCAAAAUCCACUAGUGAUAACAAUAAUGCUAAUGUCGAACAAGAUCCAGUUCCUACUACAAUCGAUAAUGAUUCUAAGGAUAGCUCCGAAGAUACAAAAGUCAUAAAUUCUACUCUUGACAAUGAUGAAAAUUCAAAAUCCACUAGCGAUAAUAAUAAUACUAAUGUCGAACAAGAUCCAGUUCCUACUACUAUCAACGGUGAUUCCAAUAUUCUUGAUAAUGAUGAAUAUAAUCAAAAUUCAAAAUCUACCAGCGAUAACAAUAAUGUUAAUGUCGAACAAGAUCCAAUUCCUAUUACUAUCAACAAUGAUUUCAAGGAUAGUUCCGAAGAUACGCAAGUCAUAAAUUCUACUCUUGACAAUGAUGAAAAUUCAAAAUCCACUAGCGAUAACAAUAAUACUAAUGUCAAACAAGAUCCAGUUCCUACUACUACUAUCAACGAUGAUUCCAAUAUUCUUGACAAUGAUGAAGAUAAUCAAAAUUCAAAUUCUACCAGCGAUAACAAUAAUAUUUAUGUCAAACAAGAUCCAGUUCCAAUUACUAUCAACGAUGAUCCCAAGGAUAGUUCCGAAGAUACUCAAGACUUAAAUUCUACUCUUGACAAUGAUGAAAAUAUUCAAAAUUCAAAAUCUACUAGCGAUAACAAUAUUACUUUCAACGAUGAUUUCAAGGAUAGUUCCGAAGAUACGCAAAACUUAAAUUCUACUCUUGUCAAUGAUGAAAAUAUUCAAAAUUCAAAAUCCACUAGCGAUAACAAUAACAUUAAUGUCGAACAAGACCCAGUUCCUAUUACUAUCAACGAUGAUCCCAAUAUUCUUGACAAUGAUGAGUGUAAUCAAAAUUCAAAAUCUACUAGCGAUAACAAUAAUACUAACGUGGAAAAGGAUCCAGUUCCUAUUACUAUUAACAAUGAUUCCAAGGAUAAUUCCGAAGAUGCACAAGACUUAAAUUCUACUCUUGACAAUAAUGAAAAUAAUCAAAAUUCAAAAUCUACUAGUGAUAACAAUAUUACUAUCAACGAUAAUUCCAACAUUCUUGACAAUGAUGAAUGUAAUCAAAAUUCAAAAUCUACUAGUGACAACAUUAAUGUUAACGCCGAACAAGAUCCAGCUCCUAUUAUUGUUAUCAACAAUGAUUCCAAGGAUAGUUCCGAAGACACCCAAGAUUUAAACUUUACGUCUAGUAGCGAUAGUUCUAAUGCUAUUCAAAGAUCUAUUAGUGAUGACGAUAACCAUAACACUAAGCAAAGUCCAGAAAAUAUCAUUGUCAAUGACAAUUCUAAUGAUAGUUCCAAUAAUACGCAAGAUUCCGAUCCUACUCCCAGAAAUAAUGAUUCUAUUACUUCUAAUGGUUUUAACGAUACACAAGAUUUAAAUUCUAUUCCUGGCGAUGAUGGUUCUAAUGCUAUGCAAAACUCAAGAUCUAUUAGUGGAGACGAUAAUUUUAACGUUAAGCAAGAUCCAGAUUCCAUUGCUGUUAACGGUGAUUCUAACGAUAGUUCUAAUUAUACGCAAAAAUCAAGAUCUAUUAGUGACGACGAUAAUUUUAACGUCAAGCAAAAUCCAGAUUCUAUUACUGCUAACGGUGAUGAUUCUAAUGAUAAUUCUAAUGCAGUGUCAAACACAAGAUCUAUUAGUGGAGACGAUAAUCUUAACGUUAAACAAAAUUUAGAUUCUAUUGUUGCUAACGAUGAUUCUAAUGAUUGUUCUAAAGACUUAGAACUUUCUCUUGACAAUGAUGCUCCUAAUCAAAACUCAAUAUAUUCUAGUGACAACGCUAAGCAAAAUAUAGAUCCUAUUAUUGCUAACAACAAUGAUUUUAAUGAUAAUUCCAACAAUACACAAGAUUCAAAUUCUACUCCUGAAAAUGAUGAUUCAAGAAAUAUUAGUGAUGAUGGUUCUAAUAAUAGUAUUGUUGAUUCUAAUACCAAACUAGAUUCAAUUUCUACUAAAAACGAAUCAGUUCUUAUUACUACCAACAGUAAUUCUAGUGGUAUCUCCAAUGAUAAUUCUAACGUCAAGCAAGAUCAAGAUUCUAAUAAUUCUACUGUUGGCUGUGUUACUAACGAUGGUUCCAACGAUGGUUCCGAAGAUACACGAGAUAUUUCUAGCAACGAUACUAUUAAUAAUAAGAACGAUAAUCUUAAUUUCAAGAAAUAUUUAAGCUCUAUUAUUGUUAACAAUGAUUCAAAUGAUAGUUUAAAAGAUACGCAAGAUUCAAAAUUCACUAACAUUUCGCAAGAUUUAAAAACUAUUAGUUACAAUGAUUCAAAAGUAGAAAAAAUUAAAUCAAAUGCUAGCUUUGAUAAUCUAGUUGAUACCUCAUCAUCAAAAACUGUCAACAUUAGCAUUUUAGUUGCUGUUAUCGCUAUUAUUUUCGGAUAUUCAUAUUUGUUAUGA